AUGAACGUCUGUGCUAUCCGUCAUAUUCCAUACACAAAUAAGAAUGACAACAGAUAAAAUGUAGUUGAUUAAAAUAGAGCCAAGAGUUCUCAAGGAACAAGAUUACAUUCAGCAACUCAUUAUAGAUGUUCAACUUAAUAAAGCAGCAAUCAAACUCCAAAUCAAGGCAAAAUGCAAUAUUAUGAAGUAUAAUCAGAUAUCUUUUGAUUCUUAGAUUCAACCCUAUGUUGGUCAACUCAUCAAGGUACUAUUUAUUGAAACUCAAAUUAGAACUAGUAAUAAUCCUUUGUCUCUUCAUAAUUUAGAAAAAGUCCAUCCUUUCGUGUUAAAAAUUAUCAUCCUUAAGACAUAGUCAAUAGUGUAGCAUAAUAAUCAAGCUAAAAUUUAUUAUAAUCUAAGUAAAGACACAUUAAACAAAUAGCAAUGAAAAAAUUGAAAGAAUGAAUCGCAUAAAUUGUUUAGGGGAUUUGCUUCAAUAGAUGGGUGAAAACAAUCAACAAAUAAAAUAGUCUAUCCUUGCUGAUUUAGUAACAGUUCCAAAACAUAAGACUGAGACAUUCAAUACUAAAAAUUAAAAGGAAUAGAAUAUAGAAGAAUUACAUUUCUAUUUAGUUGAAUCUUAAUAAAGAAUCAAAUAGCAUACAUACAUUAUAGAAUAAUAAAAAUAUCUUAGUUGA